CAGCCUCCCUGCGGCUGAAGUACGUGGGGACAGCAGGGACGGCUGUCAAACUCUGCCUGCCUCAGAGAGCCUUUCCUCGGGUUGAUGAGUCAUAAUGAGGGCCGGCCAGGUGCUGAAAAUGAGCAUGGAGGCAGGUGAAGGGUGUGUAUGUGUGUGUGUGUGUGUGUGUGUGUGGAACCACUCGGCAGUAGGUUUAUACUUACUGGGUAAAAUGUUGCUUAGGCAAUGCUUUUCUUUUGGGAAAAGAUUUUUUUUGCUAAGUUUGACUUGCAGGCGUGUGCAGGUGUGUGUGUGUGCAUGCGCUGAAGAGGAGUGAGAGAGAAAGAGGCACAGCGCUGGAGAGGGGGGAGAGCUGAAGCGGAUUCACUUCAAAUCUGGAGGAUUUCUAGAGUCUCCUCCAGCCAGGAAGAGAGAGUGCAGGCUUUAAUUCAGGAAAUCAGACAGACACGUCGCGGCUCUGUGGAUGGACGAUUGCUGCUGCUGCUGCAGAAUGAGGGCUCUUUGUUUGAACUUUGCCAUCACCUGUCUGUGGCUCCUUCCCUGCACGGUACAGGAGUCAUCUGGUCCUCUGAGCCUAAAGAGCAAACAAUGGAGGGCCGCUGGAGCAGGAGAAGAACCCGAGGGAGCAGCACUGAAGGUUAAACAUGUGUCCAAAGACUUACAAAUCAUCUCCACCAAACACAAAACCCAUACAUACGGCGCGCUGAGCCCCUACGGCUGGCCGCAGAACUUUUCACAAGCUCCAGACCAGUAUCUGUACGGCGCUCCUCCCAAAUCCAAGCCUCCUGCCAAAACCUCCACAAAGGCCAAGAAGAUCCUGGGCUGGGGGGAUUUCUACUUCAACGUGAAAACCGUGAAGUUCAGCCUCCUGGUGACUGGAAAAAUCGUGGACCACAUCAAUGGAACGUUCAGCGUCUACUUCCGGCACAACUCUUCCCGUCUGGGGAACAUAUCCGUCAGCAUCGUCCCGCCAUCCAAAGCGGUGGGAUGGGAGGUUCUCGAUGGCGCCGUCGACAGCAGCCCCAAUAAAAACUCUGUCCUGUUCCCAGAUCUGAUCCCCCCGUCGACCACCAGCUCCGCUCCUACUGAGCAUCAGAAAUAUCAGCGGGACAUGAUGAUGGUGACCGAGCUCAACUGCCGCAUCGAGUACCAGCGAACCAACCGGUCCAAGAAGACCAAGCCGUGCAUGUACGACCCAGGCCAGACCUGCUACUCGGAAAACACACAGUCCCAGGCAGCAUGGAUCUGCGCCAAACCCUUCAAGGUCAUAUGCAUCUUCAUCGCCUUCACUGGCACGGACUACAGGCUGGUGCAGAAGGUCUGUCCGGAUCACAACUUUCAGGCAGAGCAGAACCAGCAGCACCUCGGAUGAGCAGAGACUUCGCAGCUGGAACAUUUACUGUUUAUACUGUAUAUUCAUCAUACAACCACAAAAAAAAAAGGAAAAAAAA